GCGUAGCGCCUCCGCUGAGGGGCCCGGCGGGAACAAACCGCCGCCGCGGCGGGAGCUGGGCUGGAGUGGCCGGAGAUGGGCCCUUGUCUUCGCCGCUGCUCCAGCACCCUGCGCUCCCUGGAGCCGCCGCCUUCAGAACGCUCAGCCCCUGGAUGUUAAGGUUCAGUCGGGCGCCAGCCGCAGCCAGGGAAGUGGCGGCGGUCCCCACCCGUCCUCUUCCCAAAGCGGCGCCCGGGCCACUGGGGCCGAAGCGCAGUGGGAGCGCGAGCCUGAGACUCCGGGACCCACGCUGCCCCAGGGCGGCCUGCCGGCGCCCACCGGAGCUCGCACGACUUCCGGCCCGAGAGGAGACGCAUUCGAGUGAUCACCAGGAGCAAACUUGGCGCCCGCAGCCUUGGGCCUGGGAGAGUUGCCCUGAGGACUGGACACCCCCUACCUUCCUGGAUUCCAGGGUUCUGGGCCCCACCGACAGGCGGCAGGACCCCCUCUACCCCCCGCCCGACACCCCGUCAGUGAACCCUGACCUCGACCAAGUGUUGCCUUCAUCUCUCAAAAGUCUUGUGCAACCUGUUCGGCGUCUUGCAGCAGUGCUUGCGAACCCGCGUGAGUCCGUCGCUCCCUCCGCGAAAACCUCGACCCUUUUCCGGAAGCCUUGGGCUCCAGCACCGAUGCCUGCUGCAGCCGCCAAAGAGCGGAAAGCCCCAGACUCUGCGGGUCUUGGUUACAGCGUCUCUGGUCGUGCCCGGUCUCCUUCUGCAUCUGUUCCACUGCCCGGCCAUCGCCCUAGUGCAGCCCAGAACAAUUGGGAGGAAGCGUUGGCGGGCUGCGGGGGAUGACUGUUGGGUUUUUCCACUAGUAUUGAGUGGUUUUUGCGAAGAAUACGUUGCUGUCAGUGGUGUCCGGGUCGUCUCUCCCUCUCUUCCUUUUGGUCCCCAUAAAUGAGCUGUUCUCGGCUAUGGGAAAGAAAAGCCUUCCAGCGAUUAUACGGAUCUAAUUAAGUCAAUCAGGAAACUGCUGGAGAGCGGCACUAGCUUAAAGCGGAAUUUGUCCGGAGGCACAGCUGAACGAUUGCACGCGGCCUUUUUCAGCGGUUCGAACUCGGCCAGCGCCGCUGCAAACGGAAGCCUGAGCUGGGCUAGGGGAACUACGCCUGCAGACUUCUCUAAUUUUAUUCACAAAACUGGCCACCCUCGGGGAAAGCGGCAAAGCCCGCGUGAGCCUCCUCCUUCCCACUCCGGACCUAGCUGCAGCUCCAAAGCGAGACAGCUGUCUAGCCUCAGCCGGUAUAUCUCCCGGCCCCCUUCUCCACCCGGAUCUUUGGCUGCUCAGGAGCGAUCAGUUCCCUUAGCCCAGGUGGGAGGCGGGAGACUCCAGAUCCUGUGACUUGCCGGGGUAGACCUCAGACAUGUUACCCAUGCACAGAAAUGACUGGGGCUCCAGUGUGUGCACCUUCAACUCUGAAGCCCACCUGCCCACUUCAGGUGCUGGCUCAGUGACAGGUGCCUCCGCCGUAACCCCCACACGUCUGCUGGGCAAAGUUUGAAAUUAUGAAUUUCCAUCUUCUCUUUCCACUACUCCUGGCCACUGUCCCCUCCCAGCCCCAUCUCCCCACCCCCCAACCCUGGACUAUGUGGUAGGGGGCUCGCUUAAGCACUCUGCACUCGAGUACUGCCAGUACUGUGAGUACUGCGCGUGGAGACCAAGGCGAGCUGCGGAGCCUGUCGGCUGUUUGUGGGAAGAGGGUUGCGACCUCAGGAGAGAGCAAAAACAGCGUCACUUAAAACCCGCCGGUCCCGAAGAUCCACAGAGUUCACGGAGUGGUAGGGAAGGCUCCACACUCUUGAGAGCAGAGGCGGCCAGGGGCAGUGGGGGACGCUUCCAGGUAUGUGGAACGGAGAACCUCAGGUCUAAGUGUGCUCUUGUGGGUUCCUCGGCCCCCUGGGCCAAGCCUCUCUUUCUCUGUCCUCAUGUGUCUGUCCUCUGGGCAACAGUGGCUCUGUAUGGCGGAUUGCGACCCUGAGUAACGGGUACCUGUCUUGCAUCCUGUGUCCUGUGUCCUCCCCUCCAGACCUCACGCUUCGUGUCCAUAGAGUGGACCCAGGACUGCCUGGAAGCCUCAUCAUCCAGGCCCACGACUUCCCCCCAGAGUCUGAAGCCUUGCGACCUGGUCGGGGACGACAAACCUGCUGGGGUCAGCAGCGAGACCUUAAUGGGGAAUGAGGAUGUGCGACCGUGCGCCUGGGCUGAGUGUCUGUGACUGUAGCAUGGAAAAGGAGGAGUUCAUGCCGGGAUCGCACUGAGGGACAGCCGAGAAUACUCCAGCGGCAGCCUCCCUCCUACCAAUUACACGCUGCCUGCUGGCACAGUGGCAUCUCGGGAACCGGAUGCCCUUCCGGGGCCCUGAAUUGGGGCAGCGCAGGAGGGAUAGUGCAGAGCCAUAGCUACCUACGUGUACCACAGACGUGCACAUGCUCUCGCCUUCGCGUGUAACCCUUCUGAGUCCUAGACAGGGUAACUGGCGAGGCGUAAGUACCCUCGUGGGGGCGGAAAUAUUGUCAGGUCUCUAUAUCCUCCGGGCAGAUGCAGAGCCGUGUAAGCCUCAUAGAAGCAGAGCCAGGGGAACAGUGGGAGCUCUGGCCUCGCGGUGCGGACGCUAGUGAUGGAUUCCUGGGGAACAGCGACCUCUGGAGGAGUCUCUCAUCCACGCAGAGUCAGGAACUAGAGGAUAAGUUUUGAGACAAAGCACCCUUUCCUCACCCUACUCCCAUUCCACCCGCUUGGAAGAGUUAUCCAGAAACUUACAACCUCCGGAAUCCACUCUUUCCUUAUGUUUGCUUUUUUUUCCAACCUGACCCACGCUUCAAAUCCCUGCUCCAGUCCUGCCUCUUCCAGAAAGAAGCCUUCUGGACAACCCAGUUCCUCUUCCCCUCUUCCUGCUCUGAGCUCAUUCUCAGGCCACACUGCACAGCUGACCUGCUUCCUGUCUGCUCUUCUCCAAAAAGACCGUGAAUCCAUACCACCCACGCCUUGUGUUGCAUGCUGGGCAUGCCAUUCCCUGCCCCACCCCACCCCCCAGUGAAUAAAGACUGAAGUUAUUCAUUCCAAAA